CUCUCUACUUCAAACUAAGUCUCUUCAUCUUUGUAUCAAUGAGACAUGGAUGCAUGGAAAGAGCUUGCUAGGACAAAUGAAAACAAUGGUGUAACAGCAUGUUCGUUAAAUACAAUUUCAUUUGACCCUUACUCUGAAUUAAUAUGGUCUGGUCACAAAAAUGGACAACUAAAAUCGCUGUUUGGACCUGGUUUAAAUCCAUAUACUCAGUUUAUAGCUCAUGAAGGUCCUGUACACCAGGUGCUUCCUCAUGAGCGAGGUAUUUUUUCUCUUUCAAGUGAUUCAUUGCGCCUUAGCAAUCGUACUGGAACAAUUCGAUGGAGAUUAAGUGAUUCUGAUGGCGUUGAUUAUAGAGCUAUGCUGUAUCAAUCUCGCACGCACCCUGAAAUUGUCAUAGGAGGAUACCAUCAAAAGUUGACUGUUGUGAAUGCAGAGAGAGGCACAGUGACACAUCAGAGAAAAGUCCCCAAUGACAUAUUCAUCAUGCGCAGAAAUCGUUUACUUUGUUGUGGUUCCACUAACGGAGAAAUAGUCUUGUGUGAUCCAAAUAAUCUUAAUCCUGUUAAUAAAAUAUCUGCUCAUACAGGCACAAUAUCUGAUAUGGAUACAUCUGGAAAUCUCCUUCUCUCUUGCGGCUAUUCCUUACGACACGACUCGUAUAUGAUAGACCCAUUUGUGAAAGUUUGGGAUUUAAGGAAUCUCUCCACUUUGGUACCUAUUCCGUUUCCCUCGGGACCAAGCAUAAUUAGAAUGCAUCCGAAACUUUCUACGACGGCGAUUGUCUGCUCAAAUUCCGGGCAAAUGAAUAUCGUUGAUACUGGAAAUCCGCUCGAUGCGAAGUUAAUGCAGGUUCCUUUGAAUUCUUAUUUAACCCAGAUGGAUGUUUCUGUUACAGGUGAUGCAAUAGCUUUUUCUGACGUUGAAGAUACCGUACAUUUAUGGAGUGCCAUGGAUACACCUUCAUUUACUGAAAUGAAAUACCCGAUUCAGUUACCUGAUGCGGUUCAAGAACCCCCAGCUGUUUCCUUUGAAGAACCUUUAAACACUAUUGGAAUGCCAUACUAUGACUCUGAACUUUUGUCUUCAUGGUCAAAGUAUUUGGUUUUUGAUGCUGGAAAGCCUAACUUUGAUUCCAAUGUAUUUUUGGCCAAACAGAUAUCCGAAUCAGCUUUUCCUUUACACCAGGAAUUAAAAUCUUUUCAUCGAAAUCAAACAAUUGAUUUUCCUUGGCUUAAUCGAAAAGCCGCUCCUCAAGAAGCUACUCCCAAAUUUCAUAGCGAAAAGCAGAAAGAUAUAAUGGCUGGAAAGGAUUCACAAGAAACUUUCUCGUACUUUGAGGAAAUGGAAGAUACAAUGUCGGGUCCGGAUUCAAUACCCAAAUUCUACCAGAGGCCUGUAAUCAAGUACAGCAGGUUUGGAAUUGAAGAUUUCGAUUUUGGCUUCUACAAUAAAACUGGCUUUGCUGGCUUAGAAACAGAUAUCAAUAACUCGUACUGUAAUCCGAUAUUGCAAUUGCUUGCUUAUAUACCCUCUUUUUGUAAAUCUGCCAUCAGCCAUUCUUUAGGUCCUUGUGGCCUUAUGAGCUGUUUGGUAUGCGAAUUAGGAUUUUUAUUUGCAAUGCUAAAGGAAAGUACUGGUAGAAACUGCCAGGCUACAAAUUUUUUGCGCUGUUUUUCUGCUUCAUCAUUUGCUCAGUCGUUAGGGAUUGUUGUUGAUGAGCAAUCGAAUGGCGCUGCUUUUGAUUCUUCUCUAAUCCAAAAGUUUACGAAAUUUAUCCUGACUGAAAUAAUUCGCGUAACAGAGUACGAGGAUCAAAACGGAGGAUCAUCAUUUCCUUUAGGUUAUUUGAGUAAGUCAUUUUGUAUACGUGAAGUUCAAACUCAUCGUUGUGGCAUAUGUGGAAUAACAAGCCGAAAAUGCCAUUCAUCCAUGUGUAUGAUUGAUUUGGAAUAUCCAUCGCAGCAAUUGGAGUCUAUACUUUCUUUUGAAUGGCUUUUAAAACUUAGUUUGGAUCAUCGAGUAGAUCUUCCUCCAAGUUGGUGUGAGUAUUGUUUGGCCCAUCAGCCUGGUCUUCUUCGAUCGAAUGUACGAUCUAUUCCAGACAUCUUUUUUAUAAACACCCAAAUCAAACAUCAUGAUCAUUGGAAAUUAUGGGCAAGAGAAGGGUGGCUGCCAAAGUUGCUGUAUCUUAGAAGAGUAAAUGAUACAGUCCAAUGUUUGUCAUCGAGACAAGUUUCACUAUUAGGUGAUGAUAAAUCUUCAGUUUCUGUUUACGGAUUACGAGGAGUAACAUACGAAAUUCGUGGAGUUGACUUUGCUUCGCAUUUUGUUGCUGCUAUUAAUGUUUCUGAUCUUAUAACAACGACUAAUACAACCAAUAGCCAAUGGUACAUAUUUAAUGAUUUCUUAGUAAAACAAAUUUCUGAAGAGGAAGCCGUAAAUGUUCACGGUCCUUGGAAAAUCCCAGCCGUACUUUGCUAUGAAAAAAUAGACAUGAGGAUUCCACAGUGGGAUGAUGUUGCUGAUUUCACACUAUUAUAUGAGCCUUAUUUCUUAAAUCCCGAAGUUCCAUCGCUGAACAAAGCUAAAUUGCUUUCGACCGAAGAUAUGCUUUAUCCAAAAAUGUUAAUUGGCAUAGAUUCUGAAUUCGUAGCUCUACAGCGUGAGGAAACUGAGGUAAGAAGCGAUGGUACGAAAUCGACUAUUAAACCAUGUAAACUAUCCCUUGCCAGAAUUUCUGUACUUAGAGGAGAAGGUCCUCAAAAGGGAGUACCCUUCAUAGAUGAUUAUGUUGCAACAGAUGAGGAUGUGACGGAUUACCUUACUAAGUACUCUGGUAUCCACCCUGGUGAUUUGGAUCCCAUGUGCUCGAAGUAUAAUGUGGUUCCUUUGAAGGUUGCUUAUAAAAAGUUACGGUUGCUUGUGAAUGCGGGAUGUAAAUUUGUAGGACAUGGGCUACAGAAAGAUUUUCGAAUUAUUAAUUUGUUGGUGCCACCGGAACAAGUCAUUGAUACAGUAGACUUAUUUUUCUUAAGCUCCCGACAGCGCAAGCUAUCUCUAAAAUACCUAUCUUGGUAUUUACUAGAAGAAGAUAUUCAACUCACUGAGCAUGACUCUGUUGAAGAUGCAUUGACGGCAUUGAAACUUUAUGAUUGCUAUGUAAAACUAAAGGCUGAAGGGAAGUUGGAAGAAACCUUAGAAGAAAUAUAUGAGGUGGGAAAGCGAUAUAAAUAUCGUCCUCCCUCAUUGUCAUCAUUAUCCUUUCAGGAUCGGAGUUUUUAUGGAGAAGACUCCUUCAUAAUGGGUUAAGCAACUUGUCUAAUGGAUUUUAUGAUUCAAGCAUAGUCUCAAAAACUGUAAAUAUAGUAAAGAUAUGAAUAUUUCUAUAUUCUUCAUUGGUUCAGUCAUAUUUUUAAUUUGAAUUAGAAUGAUAAUAAAAGC